UAUGUCCAAGGUAUUUACGUGUGUAACAACUUUUCUUUUUUUUAAAUUAAUUGGGUUUUACAUGGCUGAUCAAAGGUAUGAAAUGAAAUCUGUCCAUUCUCAAUGAGGGUUUAAUUGAAAGAAAGUUAAAAAAAUUAAACCGAUAUAUUGCAUACUGUCUUUGCACCUUAAAGAACUAAUUCCACCUUUAGAAAACUAUGCUUAUUAUCUUUAAAUUUGCUAGGAUGUGUUACUUAUCAGAAACACUGCAGACAGGGCCUAAUUGCGGCUUUAAAUGAUGGUUCCACUCUUUUGGCAGCGGUGAUGUGUGUCUGUAUGUUUCAGACAGGAAGAAAUGAUUUGUGCAACAAGUCCCAGGACUCUGUUUACUGAUUGGCUUCUUAUUAUAUUUUCUUUUUUUACCUUUGACCAAUCUUUAGGUUGAAUUGUAAGAUAUGACCGUAGAAUGGACCCUAUAAUCUAACUCUUAAGUGGCACAUUUCCCAAAAUGUCUUAUUUCUUCAAACAUCAUUCAUUCAUCAAUUAUUUUUUAUUUUUAUUUUUUUUAACAUGUUUAUCCAUAUUUAAAACAAGGGAAACGUAAGCUUAACGCCGUCUGCCAUUCAAAUGAAUUAAAUGAACAAACAAAUCAUGUUUCUUAGAUUUUCUUUUUUUGAUCGGACUUAAGUGACUCUGGACGUUUCCAUCAUAUAAUGCUUAAGAUGUCAGUAAAAAACUUUUUGUUCACCUUCUUUACUUCUGGCUUACUCCAGCUCUCACACGUGGAGGAAACGUUUCCGCUCCCGAGAGCAUUAAAGACUCGCAGCACAUUUCAACACUGGGACCUAUUAAAAAUUUAAGGGAGGGUUUGUUGGUAAUUGAAAUACACCUUUUGAAAUGUUGAUUUUCACAAAGCGGACGUCUAACUUAAAGUGUGGACAUUUUGGCUGCUGCUACUGUUUUUCCAACUCAUCCAUUUUAAUUGUUCUGUGGUUGAGUAAGAUGAAUCUACAAUGUCACUGUUUGGAUGUAAAGAUUACCAGCAGUGGAAAUGUUACUUAUGUUACGGGAAGGCCUUUUUAAACAGACACCCAGCGUGUUGUGUCAUGUUCUCAGAUUAAUUAACAAAUUAAAAAGAUAAAUUAUGUCACUUGAAACGGUUUCACAUGGAUGGCGCUGCCCUAAUUACUGGUCAUUCUAGCCCCUAGCUUUGUGUUACACAAGAGCUGCAUGUCUAACGGAGAACCCUGUUAAGAGGAAUGUCACCUGCCUCCGUCUUCCACAUGCACGCGGCUGCUCCUGCUUGUGAGGUGGAUUUACCGACAUAAUGCUCAAGAAAGCUAGAUUAACCCGUGAGUAAAGUCAUUACUUAAAAAGAAAUUUCUCCCAUAGGAUGGCCAAUUUAAAUGGUAAAGGGGAAAAGGGGUCCAAAUUUGAGACAUUGAAACUUUUGGAGAAAUGCAGAAAAGAAAGAGAUGACGCCAUGCAAAGAGAAAGUGUUCUCCGAGAGAAACUCCGGCAGUAUGAGUCAAAGGUGCGCUCAGCUGAGGCUGUGAGACAGAAACUGAAGAGCUUGAUUAUGGACAACAGGGAGCUGAGGAAACAAGUGAAGGCUCUGCGUACUGAGAUUGGACUCGAGUGCAGCCCUAAAUUUAAUGGAAAGACCACGAAGGACAUAAUCAAUGACUUGCAGGAAAAGGACCGUGAGUGCAAUGACCUGCUGGAGAAGAGCGGGAAACUGAAUCUGACCAUUGAUGAUUUGACUUCAGAGUUGGCAAAUACCGUUACCUCUAAAACACUUUUAGAGGAUCAAGUGCAAUCGUUGCAGCAAAAUCUCAAGGAUAUGACAAAUAAUCAACGCCGCUUGCUGAAGUUGUGGGAAGACAAGAAGGUCCAAAGGGAGCAGCUUGCCCUCCCUGCAAUUGCCCAGAAACCAGUGCAGAAACCGUUUGUCCACAAAGCAGUUCAAACUGAGAUGUCCGUCAGUUCAUCCCAAAAGCUUCCAGUCAAUGCUUUCGAGAGCAAGUCAUUCUCUCGGGACCUCGACCAAACAACUUUGGAUAAACAUAGUUUUCCAACCUAUGGGAAUGGCUAUGGUCAUGACGAGAAGGCUUCCUUGCACGAUGACACAAAAGGACUAGACUCGAGGGCCGAUAUUCACUGACACUCUGCAUUGAGACA